GCAUUCGGUCACUGCUCCCUGCUGUAGGCCCACUGCUAAGGAGCAGCCAGGCAGCUGGAGCCCCUCCUGGCCGGGGCUAUGGGGGCACGAGUCGGGCUCUUCUCUCUGCUUCUCGGGGGCGUCUGCGCCCAGCUGGAGGUGAUGGUGGACUCCCCGGUGGCGGCUCAGCUGGGCUCCCAGGCUCUCCUCCCAUGCACCUUCACCGUGGCGAACGCCCCCAUCAGCCCAGAGUACCUGGCUGUGCACUGGUAUUUCCAGGGCCAGGAGCUGGCGUCGUACGAUGAUUCCCUCAGCAUCUCCCGGCCGGGAGUGUCCAUGGACAUGGAGCAGCUUGCCAGCGGCAACGCCUCUCUGGUUCUGCACAAUGUGACCGUGUCGGAGCAAGGAGCCUACCGUUGCCUGGUCAUCCACAGCCCGGACAGAGGGGAGCAGAGCCUAUACCUGGCAGUGCUGGCCAUGCCCACCGUUGCCAUCCCCAGUAAAGCGGUGCUGAGGGGGGAGCCGAACUUGCUGAAAUGCUCCGUGUCCGGCUUCCAUCCGGCCGACAUCGCAGUGACCUGGCUGAGGGCUGGGGAGGUCCUGCCGGCAUCCCCGCUCCCGGCGCCCCAGAGGAACCCAGACGGCACCUUCAACGUCAGCAGCUCUCUGACCUUCCAGCCCACGGAGCAGGACCAGGGCGUCGCCUUCUCCUGCCAGGUCCAGCACGCCGCUCUGCCGCAUGGCGCUCUGCAGACAGACUUCCAGCUCGUGUUCGGAGUCUCUCCCGUGGUGAACAUUCACGCCCCCACGUUUGUACAAGGCAAGGCCCAGGUGUUAACAUGCGACAUGAAGGGUUUUUACCCAGAAGCCAUCGCUGUUAACUGGCUCCUCAAUGGUGUCCGGACAGAAGCCCCCCGCGUAAACCCCAAUGGCACCUUCAACCUGGAGUCUUUCUACCAGUUCAAGCCUGUGGCGGAGUCAGAGGGUGCUGAGAUCAGCUGUGAGGUGCAGCACGAGACGCUGAGCCGGCCCAUCGUCCGGAGUGUGCGGGUGCAUCUGGAGUAUGAGGGGACCCAGGUCAGUGUCAUAGUCCUGCUGGUGUCAGUGAUGGUAUCAGCGCUGGCGGUGGCUGGAGUCGCAUACUUCCUGUACAAGAGAAGCAGAGAGUCCCAGCUGACUGUGUCCAUGGGGCCCUCUCCGGUGAGGGCCGUGCUGGGAUCAGAUGUGCUGCUGCCAUGUAGCUUUGCUGUGGGCGAAACCAUCAGUCUGCCUAAAUUCUACCUGGCCUGGGCCCGGGGAGCUGAGAAGGUGGCCGAGUACCUCAGAGAAAAGCAGACUCAGCAGCCCAAGGUGAAGCUUUUCCCGGAGGAGCUGAGCAGGGGGAACUGCUCCCUGGGGCUGAGGAACGUGAGCCUGGAGGACAGAGGCAGAUACACCAGCACCCUCAUCUACACGCCCGACAGAUCUGAGCAGCAGCUCGAGCUGCAGGUGACAGCUGCUCCCCGACUUUUCAUCCCCCAGCAAUUGGCCAGGACAGACACAGCGACCUCCUUCCCGUGCCACGUGUGGGGAUUCUACCCCGGGGAUGUCACCAUCACAUGGCUGAGAGACGGGCGGGUUCUGACUGACGCCACCCGCUCUGCCCCCCAGAGGAACCCAGACGGGACCUUUAACCUCACCCUGACCUACACCUUCACCCCCACCACGAGCGAUUCCGGCAGCAUCUUCUCCUGCCGCGUCAGCCACGCGGCUCUGGCCCAGCCCCUGCAGGAGGAGUUCGCCCUGGAUGUCACAGCAGGUGCAGACACAGCUCCUUCGAAAGCCAUCACCGGGGUCUGCAUCGCGCUGCUGCUGGUCAUGGUGGCUGGGUUAGCCAUUUACUACUGGAGAUGGCGGAGGGCGUGGAAAGGUCCUUCCAGUGCAGUGGAGACGCCCCCUGAGACCCCAGCUGGGAGCAGAGAGAAGACGCGCGGCGAGGACACGGGGCUGGUGGGGAAUGACGGGGUCAGUGAGGCCAGGAAGGGCCCUGAGCAGCAGCCGCUGUUACCUGCUCAGGGCCAGGAGCAGAGCGAGACACAGCAGCAGGAUGGGGCACAGGUCACAGCACCCGGCCCAGGAGAUCUGCAGGAUCAUGGACUUCUUGGAGGUGGAGCUGCCCCCACAGGUGCUGGAAAAAAUCAUCUGGCAAACAUCCUUCCGGAUCAUGAAGGAGAAUCCCAUGGCCAACUAUAGCAGCCUCCCCCACGCCAUCUUCGACCAAAGCGUCAGUCCCUUCAUGCGAAAAGGCCAGGUUGGCGACUGGAAAAACCAUUUCACCGUGGCGCAGAGCGAGGCAUUUGACGCCCAUUACCAGCGCUGCAUGGAGG